AUGGAGGAUCUGUGCAGUGUGAGUGGUUUGGAUCCUCUCUGGGACUGGAACCUGACCUGGUACACGUCCCGUCCGGACCUGACCCAGUGUUUCCAGCACACGGUCCUGGUCUGGUUCCCCUGUGUCUACAUGUGGACCUGUUCUCCUCUUUACCUGCUGUACCUGCAGCUCCGCCCGCACCGAGGUGUCAUCCCACUGUCCAAACUCUGCUGCAGCAAGACGCUGCUGUCUCUCAGUCUGGCUUCUAUCUGUCUGCUGGAGAUGUUUUAUUUCCUGGUGAAGAACGAAGAGAUCCAGAACCACCUGCUGAUCCUGAUUGGUCCGCUGAUCAGAAGUCUCACUCUGGUUCUGUCUGUGGUUAUAAUCCAGUUUGAGAGGAUGAAGGGCAGUCGUUCCUCCGUCCUCCUCUUCCUCUUCUGGACUCUUCUGGUUCUUUGCUCCGUUGUUCCUCUGAAUGUCAACGUCCAACAGAUUAUUGAUCAGGGGUUUUCAUCAGAUGCUGUUCGUUUCGUUGCUCUCUUCGUCUGUUUUUCCCUCCAACUCAUCGAACUCAUCCUCAGCUGCUUCUCCGACCGCCGACCGCUCUCUGAGAAACACACACAGAACCAAUGUCCAGAAGAAGACGCCUCGUUUCUCUCCAACUUUUUCUUCUUCUGGUUCAGCAGUUUGAUGGUCCGAGGUUACCGGCGCCCCCUGCAGGCUGCAGACCUGUGGUCUCUGCGGGACCAGGACUCAUCGAUUCAGAUCAUGACGGACUUGGAGAAGUUCUGGAGUCAGAGCUGCAAACAGCUGCAGGAGAAACCUGCUGGUUCUGGAACCUCGUGGUCCCGGUCCUGGUCCCGGUCUGGUGGUGUUUCUGCUCCUACAGAAGAAACGCUGCUACUGAGGAGGAACAGGAAGGGGCGGGGCUACGGCCUCUUCCUCCUGCAGGCACUGGGGCGAAGCUUCGGGUUCUACUUUCUGACUGGGACACUGUGUCUCCUCCUGCAUGACGCCUUCAUGUUCGCCGUCCCGCAGGUGCUCAGUUUGCUGCUGUCCUUCAUGAGGGACGAAGACGCUGCGAUGUGGAAAGGCUUCCUGUUCGCCUCGCUGCUCUUCCUGCUGUCCUGUCUGCAGUCUCUGCUGCAUCAUCAGUACAUGUUCCACUGCUUCACCGUCGGGAUGAGAGUCAAGACGGCCGUCAUGGGACUCGUCUACAGGAAGUGUCUGCUGAUCAGCAGUGCAGCUCGGCGGCAGUGUACUUUGGGAGAAAUCAUUAAUCUGGUUUCAGCCGACACUCAGAAGCUGAUGGACUUUGUAGUUUAUUUCAACAGUCUUUGGGUCGCUCCCAUCGAGAUCGCUCUCUGCUUCUACUUCCUGUGGCAGCUCCUUGGUCCGUCUGCUCUCGCAGGUCUCACUGCUGUUGUUCUAAUCUUCCCUCUGAACGGAUUCAUCGCUAAACUGAGAAGCAAACUGCAGGAGGUUCAGAUGAAGUUCAUGGACGGUCGGAUUAAACUGAUGAACGAGAUCUUGAGCGGUGUGAAGAUCCUAAAGUUUUACGCCUGGGAGGAAGCUUUCCUGCGACGCAUUGGCGUCCUGAGAGAUGGAGAACUGUGGGCGCUGAAGAAAUCUCAGAUCCUCUACUCCGUCUCUCUGGCUUCCUUCAACUCCUCCUCCUUCCUGAUUGCCUUCUUAGUGUUUGCCGUCUAUGUGCUGAUUGAUGAGCGAAAUGUGCUGGAUGCUCAGAAAAUCUUUGUUUCUGUCGCUCUCAUCAACAUCCUAAAAACUCCUCUGAGUCAGCUUCCCUUUGCCAUGAGCACCGCCAUGCAGGCCGUUGUCUCUCUCAGACGUCUGGGAAACUUCCUGUGCUCCGACGAGCUGAGGCCAGACAACGUGGAGAGACUUCCUCACAGCAUUGAUGCAGUCAGUGUGAUGAUCGAGGGUGGGACUUUCUCCUGGACAAAUGAGGGACUGCCGUGUCUGCAGAGGAUCAGCAUGAAGGUGAAAACGGGUUCCCUGGUGGCCGUAGUCGGCCAUGUUGGCUCCGGCAAGUCGUCUCUGCUGGCGGCCAUGUUGGGGGAGAUGGAGAGGAGGAGCGGCUCCGUCUCCAUUAAGGGUUCACUGGCCUACGUCCCCCAGCAGGCCUGGAUCCAGAACGCGUCUUUGAUGAACAACAUUUUGUUUGGUGAAGAGAGGACGGAGAGUUGGUACCAGCGUGUUCUGGAGGCAUGCGCUCUGCUGCCAGACCUGGACAUCCUGCCGGCCGGAGACGCCACGGAGAUUGGGGAGAAAGGUCUUAACCUGUCUGGCGGUCAGAGGCAGAGGGUGAGUCUGGCUCGGGCCGUCUACAGGAAGUCAGAUGUUUACCUGCUGGAUGACCCGCUAUCCGCCGUCGAUGCUCACGUUGGACAACACAUCUUUGAUCGAGUCAUUGGACCCCGAGGACUCCUCAAAGAUAAGACGCGGGUGCUGGUGACUCACGGCCUCAGCUUCUUGUCGAAAGCAGACUUGGUUCUGGUGAUGGAUGGCGGACAGAUCUCAGAGAUCGGAUCCUACAUGGAGCUGAUGGACAGGAAGGGAGUCUUUGCCAAAUUCAUCCACACCUUCAGUGGAAACCGACGCAGAGACAGUGGCAUCCCCCGAGACAAGAGCAACAGGAAGUCGGUUUCUCGCCUCAGUAUGACUGAUUUCUCCAUUGAUCUUUCUCAGGAGCAGCUGAUCAGCUGUGAUUUGAGCAGUGCCAGUGUUCAGAUGAUGGAGGCUGUUGAUCAGGACUUGGACGCUGGGGAUGCUGGGAAACUUACGGAGGUUGACAAGGCUCACACAGGCAGGGUGAAGCUGCAGAUGUACCGAGAGUACUUCAAGACCGUAGGCCUGCUCUUCAUCAUGACCAUCAUCUUCCUCUGUGCCUUCCAGCAGGCAUCCUCGUUGGCCUACAGCUAUUGGCUGAGCCUGUGGGCCGACGAGGCGCCUGUCAACGGUACGCAGAGUGACCACAACCUGAAGCUGAGCGUGUUCGCCGCUCUGGGCUUCACUCAGGGGAUCGCCAUGUUUGGGACGACGCUCGCCAUCGCUCUGGGCGGUAUCGUAGCAUCGCGUCAGCUUCACGCCGAUCUUCUCCACAGUGUCCUGCACUCGCCCGUGUCUUUCUUCGAGGUGACACCCAGCGGAAACCUCCUGAACCGCUUCUCCAGAGAGAUGGACGCCAUAGACUGCAUGAUUCCUGAUGGGCUGAAGAUGAUGCUGGGAUACCUAUUCAAGCUGCUGGAGGUCUGCAUCAUCCUGUUGUUGGCCACACCAUUCACAGGGCUGGUGCUCCUCCCCCUCACCGCCGUCUACAUCUUCAUACAGAGUUUCUACGUGGUGUCUUCAUGUCAGCUGCGACGAUUGGAGGCUGUGAGUCGCUCACCGAUCUACAGCCAUUUUAACGAGACGGUUCAGGGCGCCAGCGUCAUCCGAGCCUUUGGCGAACAGCGACGCUUUGUCCUCCACGCCAACCGCUGCAUCGACAACAACCAGGAAGCUUACUUCCCUCGCUUUGUUGCCACCAGAUGGCUGGCGGUGAAUCUGGAGUUUUUGGGGAAUCUGUUGGUGUUGGCUGCAGCCAUCCUGUCGGUGCAAGGUCGGGAUGAACUCAGCCCAGGCAUCGUGGGAUUGGCAGUGUCACACUCUCUCCAGGUGACAGGAAUCCUGAGCUGGAUCGUCCGAUCCUGGACUGAUGUGGAGAACAACAUUGUGUCGGUGGAGAGAGUCAAAGAGUAUGACAACACACCCAAAGAGGCAGCGUGGACCAUCGAGGACAGUUUUCUACCAGCAGCCUGGCCGACCACGGGAAACAUCCAGUUUGAAGACUACGGACUGCAGUACCGUAAAGGUUUGGACUGGGCUUUGAACGACAUCAACAUCGACAUCCAGGACAGAGAAAAGGUAGGGAUUGUUGGAAGGACGGGAGCCGGGAAGUCGUCGCUGGCUUUGGGAAUCUUCCGUAUUCUCGAAGCAGCAAAGGGACGAAUCUUUAUCGACGGGAUCGACAUUGCUCAGAUCGGCCUUCAUGAUCUCCGCUCCAGAAUCACCAUCAUUCCUCAGGACCCGGUCCUGUUUUCUGGGUCUCUGAGGAUGAACCUCGACCCCUUUGAUACGUGUUCAGAAGCGGAUCUGUGGAAAGCUCUGGAACUGGCUCAUCUGAGCAGCUUUGUUUCUGCUCUGCCACAGAAACUAGACCACGAGUGCUGUGAAGGAGGAGAGAACCUCAGCCUGGGUCAGCGACAGCUGCUGUGUUUGGCCCGAGCUCUGCUGAGGAAGACCCGGAUCCUGGUUCUGGAUGAAGCCACAGCAGCUGUGGACCUGAAGACAGAUCAGCUGAUCCAGUCCACCAUUCGGUCUCAGUUUGGGGACUGUACGGUUCUGACCAUCGCUCACCGCCUCAACACCAUCAUGGACUACAGCAGGGUGAUAGUUAUGGACCGAGGCUGUAUUUCAGAGAUGGAUUCUCCAUCUCAGCUCCUCCGUCAGCAGACUCACUUCUACCAGAUGUGUAUCGAGGCCGGUUUGGUCUGACUGACUCCGUUGAAAACAAAUGGAUCCCUCAUCCUCCUCUUCAGUUCUUUAUAGGCCUGAAAGAUGUUAAAAACAAACUCUCUUUUCUGUUCUUGUAUAGACGUCAGAACCAACACCUGCACUGUAAGACGUGUAAUAUAAUACAUAAUACAGAACUUUCUAAAAGUCUGGCUCUUUGUGUAAAACAUUUAGGACCCUAUCUUGCACCCAGUGCAAUUGACUUUGUACGCCGACGCAUGUAUCAUUCCUAUUUUGCA